AACAGUGGAAGAAGACUUAAAUGAUGGGGAAAAUGAGAACCAUUUUCAGGAGAUGUUUGACGAGGGAGAAGCACGAAGUCUAAUGCAACGCCAUGCUGCCAAAUUCCUUUUAUGUUCCAAAACAAGAGGUAUGCUCACCCAGAGUGCCGUGGACUUGGUCAAAGAUUCAGCGAAAAAUCUACUAACUGAGUAUUUGGACAUAGUCAAAAAAUCGCUUGUCGAAAAGAUAAACAGUAAUCCUGGUCAAGAAUUGCAAUUUGACCAAGAUGUGGAAAAGUUAUUUUCAGCAGAGAGUGUCUUCGACGGAGUUGAUUCAGAAUACCAACAAAGAUCAUAUUUUAAGCGUCAUUUCAAUUUGGUGGUAAGUUACCAACCUACCAAACCUGAACCAGCUGCCAGCUUUGUCAGCUUGCUUUAUAUUUUUUUAACUGAUUUGCAGGAACCAAUAGAAGUUGAGAUGGGAAAACAGUGGAGAAGUGAUUUUCGACAAGGGAGAAAAAUACUUAAACGUGUCACAGUUUUUGGUUAUCAAGUUCCAUUAUUAAAGACUUUGGAGGCACUUCUUCAAAACCCAGAUGUUUUAAAGGAAGUUGAAAAUCCACAUUUUUCAUGUGAUGGUGUUCUUCGAGAUGUAAUGGAUGGGGAUUUUUUCAAGAGUCAUCCAGUAUUCUCCCUCCACAGUGAUGCCCUGCAGCUGUUGGGCUAUUAUGAUGAUCUAGAAAUAGCCAAUCCUUUAGGUUCAAAAGCAAAGAUUCAUAAAAUUGGUGUCUUUUACUUUGUGCUGGGCAAUAUAAGGCCAAUGUUUAGAUCAAGCAUCCGCAGUAUACAACUUAUAGCUAUUGCUAAAACAAAAGACAUCAAGUCAUUUGGGAUCGAUAAUCUUUUGAUGCCAUUCAUUGAGGAUGUCAAUUGUUUGGCGAAGGUAUUUUUACUUUAUGCAUUACAGUAUUGUAUGUAUAUAAGAAAAAAAAAAGACAAAAUUCCUCUAGUAUGCAAAUUUGUCCAACAUUAUAGCUUCCUAUAUUUUAGGCUAAUGGUCACUGUUUUACCAUAAAUGGUGUUGCCCGUGUGUUUUGAGGUGAUCUGUUAUUGUGGACUGGAGAUACACUUGGUAGCAACUAUGUCAGUGGUUUCAAGGAAGGUGUUGGAGGAGCAUUGCGAAUUUGUAGGCAUUGUAUGGGAACAAGACUGGAGACCAACAAUAAGGUAAAUAUGCUAUAAUUUGAAGAAAUAGCUUUUUUCCCUGACUGUAAUUUGGGAGAUAUUUUGCUGAGCAAUAAGGGCAUUUUUACAAUUUACACAAUGUGCAUUUGGAUUGCCUUUCUGUUUUAGUUUUUAUCUGAAGACUUUUCAGAAAGAGAUUUGGAUAAUCACAGACAAAUAUGUGCAUGUAUUGAAGAUGAAGAUAAUGCAUUAAACAUCCGUG